UUUCCGCAUAUGCCAGGAUAUUGACAAAAGCUGAGCGUAAGAAACAACUCGAUGAAAAUGCAAUUGUAUGGUUUAUGCCUACGAAUGUAUCAGUGAGUUUUAUUUGUCUAAAAUUGUGAUCAUGUUUAUUUAUAUUGACCUGAUUGAAAUUAUAAUGUUAUAUAUUUGGUUUAAUGAAGGGUAUUUUUUUAAAUUAAAACUAAUUUUAGGAAAAAUAUUUUGGCAAAGGGUAUUCAAUUAAAUAUGCUGCACGAGAAAACAAUUGGAGAAAAUACCAUUUUUCUGAUUUUGGAAAGUGUCAAGAGGUGAUAUAUAUUGCAUUAUGUUUCUUUCAUUUAUUUAGACUUUUUUAUUGACUAUGUUUACCAUUACCAUUACAUCCUUGUACGAGUUUUGCAUAUUUUUUUUUUUAGUUUUGCAUAAUUUUUUUUUUUUUGUAUAUUUCAAAUGGUGGUUUUGAUAAUGAAAGAUGGAGAUCCGGAAGCUAGACAUAUGUUCGUGGUUCAGUUGGAUCUUGUAGGUAGAACCGCUGUGCUUUGGGAUUCUCUUGUAGAAAAUGGAGAUAUGGAUGAUAAAUUUUGUUGUACUAAAGAAAUGGUAUGAAAUUUAGUUUAUUCAAACUUGAUUGCAUCAUUGCCUGCCUAAUACUCUGUCGUUUAUGAAUAUAGUUGGAGACCUUGGACACUUUAUUUUCCUUUGAUAUUAAUGCCACUCGAGAGAGCAAAUGGAAAUCUGCUAGGUUUGAGAUGUCUAUGGAAAAAGGUUUGCCUCAACAAGCUAACAACUACGACUGCGGAGUGUAUGUGUUGAAAUACAUGGAGGCCCAUAGUGAUGGAAAUGCUAGUGCGUACGAGUUUGAUGCAAGUGCGGAGCGUUAUCGUUUUGGAAAUCUUUUAGUAUGUAAUGAUUUCAACAAAGGAAGCGAGCGAUUUUUUUGUGAAAAUGAGGACCAUUAUAAUAAAUUAAUCAACUUGGAUGGCAGUGGUGAAAUUGGCUUAUUUGUUGGGAAUAAGAAUGGUGAAAGUCCCCAGCCACUUCUGAGCCCUGUUAAGUCACAUUCUGAUAGUCGAUUUUCAACCAAAAAAGUUAAACGUGCCAAUAUGAUUCCAACCGUGUCUUCUCGAACUCAGAGUGCUAAUCGUAAUGCAAUUGCUCGAAAGCUUCAAGUUUCGAUUGGUAGUGGACUAGGCUGUCCUGUCUAGCUGUAUACAAUUUUAGUUGCAUCUUAUGUUGGGGUUUUAUGCCCUAAUUAAAACCCAAAUUCUUUGUAAUCUCAUUUUAUUAUCAAUAAAAGGAUAGAAAUUAUUUUUUG